AGUGCCAGUUGUGCCAGUGCCCGAUAGGAAGAAUUUCCUGUCGGCAACUGGACUUGGGCGGAGCUCGUCCGUUGCAUUACAAAAGAGGUAUUUCUCGCUUCACUUGUGUCCUACUCUACUAGUACCCAACGUAGACCCCGACCUAUUAUCUUCACUGAUCAUUUGAUCCGUCAGUCGCAGUCACCUUGAGUGCCCUUAUCUGGCUCCUUCCGCCCCGCGAUCUCAUAGAGCCAACGACUACUAGUAGUAGAAUUAUUCGCAGCUGGACCGCGAACUCCCCUUGAUUCAGCGCCAGUAAAUCCCCCAUGGGCGCACUCGUUCCGAGCCUAGAACUGCCUCCCGAGGCCGUCAAGAAUCACGCAAUGGAGAAAAUCACAGACAAGAUCGCGGCUCUGCCCGCGGGGACAGACUACUUCUCCCUCGAGUUCUUCCCGCCGAAGACGGCCAUGGGCUUCUCCAACCUCCGAGGCCGUCUCGACCGCAUGGCCAGGGCACUGCGCCCGCUUUUCGUCAACGUCACAUGGGGAGCGGGGGGCUCGACGGCAACGAAGUCGCUGGAGCUGGCCGAGAUCUGCCAGAGGGAGCUCGGCCUCACGACCUGUCUGCACCUGACCUGCACCAAUAUGAGUCGCCGGCUGAUUGAUAAGGCGCUCGACGACGCCAAGGCCCUCGGCAUCCGCAACAUCCUGGCGCUCAGGGGCGAUCCGCCACGGAGGGCGGAAUACCGGGACAUCAACGAGCCGGAACCCAGCGACGACGAGGAGGAGUUCUGCUGGGCCGUGGACCUGGUCCGCUAUAUCCGCAAGACCCACGGCGACUACUUCUGCAUCGGCGUCGCGGCGUACCCGGAGGGCCACGCGGACGAGAGCCAUCCGCUGGGGCAGAGCCUGGAGCACGACCUGCCAUACCUGGUGGAGAAGACGCAAGCCGGCGCGGACUUCAUCAUGACGCAGUUGUUCUUCGACAUUGAGGCAUACAAGCAUUUCGAAACGACGCUACGGGAACAUCCGAGCGCGGCCUUCAAGGACAUCCCCAUCCUCCCCGGCCUCAUGCCGAUCCAGAGCUACCAGAUGAUCAAGAGGACGACGAAGCUCAGCCACGCCAAGAUUCCCGACGCUCUCAUGGCACGGUUGGAUGCGGUAAAGGGCGAUGACCAGAAGGUGAAGGAGGUCGGCGUGGAUAUCGUGAGCGAGAUCGUCGAGCAAAUCCGGGAGAUCAAGAGCAGGACCGCCGGCCCGAGGGGGUUCCACUUCUACACGCUCAACCUGGAGAAGGCCGUGUCGUUCAUCGUGGAGCGGACGGGGCUGAUCUCCCCCGAGACACCCGACGAGGAAGCCAUCGUGGACGAGCAGAUUCCCGUGCCCGAGAUCAGCCGGCUGCGCGUCAACGGCUCCACGCCCGAUCAGUCGUCUCACGGGGCGCCCAUGAGGCGUAAGACGUCCAUCGGGUCCGAUCCCCGCGACCGGGUCAUCAUCGAGGGCCGGGCGGCGUCGCACCCGGACUGGGAGGCGACGGCGCUCGAAGCCAGCGUGCCCGCUGCGCCCAUCAACUCGCGGGCCAACACGCUCGCCAUAUCCGAGGGCGAGGGCGUGCUCGGGCGCGAGGCGACCUGGGACGACUUCCCCAACGGCCGGUGGGGCGACGCGCGGUCGCCCGCCUACGGGCAGAUCGACGGCUACGGCGUCAGCCUGCACGUCACGGUGGCGCAGGCGCGGGAGCUCUGGGGCGCGCCCACGACGGCCGGCGACAUCAGCGCCAUCUUCGUACGCCACAUCCGCGGCGAGCUGUCGACUAUCCCGUGGAACGAGGAGAGCUUCAGCGCCGAGACGGACAAGAUCCGCGACCAGCUGGUAAGCCUCAACUCCAAGGGCUGGUGGACGCUGGCCUCGCAGCCGGCCGUCAACGGCCUGCGCUCGAGCGACCCGACCUUCGGCUGGGGCCCGCAGAACGGGUUCGUCUUCCAGAAGGCCUUCGUCGAGUUCUUCCUGCCGUCGAGCGACUGGAAGGGGCUGGAGGCGAAGCUCAAGAGGCCCGAGAUGAAGGACGUCGUGUGCUUCUAUGCCACCAACAUGGCCGGGGACUUUGUCAGCUCGGACCAGACGGCGCGGCCGGCGGGGGCGCCGGCGGAGGAGGAGCAGGAGGCGAGCACCAAUGCCGUGACCUGGGGUGUCUUCCCCGGCAAGGAGAUCGUCACGCCGACCAUCAUCGAGGAGGUCAGCUUCCGGGCGUGGAGCGAGGAAGCGUUUGGGAUCUGGGGCGAGUGGGCCAAGAUAUACGACAAGGGGUCCGAGAGCGAGCGGUUCUUGGAGAGUCUCAGGGCCGAUCUGUGGCUGGUGAAUAUCAUCCAUCAUGACUUUGUCGAGGGCGAUGCGUUGUGGGAGUUGCUGCUUGACUGAAGUGAAGUUGGGCAGUGCGCCGGUGACGGGAUAUGGAUGGGUUUGGGAACUGGGGCAAUCUGUCCGGGAGAGGGCGGCAGGUUACUAUUACAUCUAACCCAAUCAGUCUGGGAGGGAGAGGGAGUAGGGGCAUCCUACGCAAUUCAACAAGCCCCAGGGAUU